CUCGUCGGACUCCUCUACCCAGUGACUCCAGACGCCAGAUGCAGGACUCAGGACUCGGGAGACGGCAACCCUAGUCCCGAAUCCCCACGUCGCCGGCGACCGGAGAGGAGAGGCAGGAGGCAACGCGCGCAUCGGCGGAGCGGGGUCCGUGCGCGCGGCGGGUGCUCGAGGGAGAGAGAAGCAAGAAAGUGCUGCUGAUACCUCUUUUUGCAUAAUCCAUGUACAUUGUACAAGCUGAAGCUAAAUUAUAAGCUUUAUGGAGCGUCCCUGUACUUAGAAAUGUGACUUUCCUUUUCUGAAAUUGCGGGUGAAUUGCUUGUACAUCGAUUUCUUCAUCAGGUGGCAAUGGAUCCGAAGGGUCUUGACGGUGAUAAGUCGGCAAGUAGACUCUAUGUGGGGAAUCUGGAUUUUAGGAUAUCAGAGUCUGAUGUUAUCAAGAUGUUCUCCCCCUAUGGAAAGAUUAUGUCUGAGGAUUUCUUGUUGCACACACGUGGCCCGAAGCGAGGCGAGCCCCGUGGUUAUGCCUUUGUUCAGUACACUACCAAAGAGGAAGCUCAGUUGGCGAAGGAAAAGAUUAAUGGCAAAUUAGUCUGUGGGCGCCCUGUGGUGGUUCACCUGGCUAGCGAGAAAUGCUUCCUAGACUCUGGCAAUGCACCGCGAGCGCUGAAAGACAAGAAACAUGCAGCUGGUUCAGGAAGCAAAUUAGCACAAGCUGAUCGUGCUGCAAAGAUAGCUGCUAUAAAAAACAAGUUAAAAUCUCUGGAGGGCGAGGGAUGUAGCAACAAAAGACCAAGACUUGAGCCAGAUGACCUGAUAGGCUCUAGCGACCAAUCUGAUAAGAAGCUUUGAAGUGAAUUACUUAAGUUGUGAACUAUGCCCUCUUAUGCUGGUGGCAUUGCUGAUGGUGCUGUGAUUGUAACACUUUAGCUUUAUUAUGUUAGACAAACCACAGGUGUAGCAUUCCACAGUUAAUCAGAUUUGUAUAACAGUUCGUACCAAUUACGUACCCUUGUCCAAGUAACACUGGAGGUUGUAUGGAGGAACCAUUUGACAAUCUAAUUUCGUGUUGCUGGUCCAUGCAGCUGAUCUUCAGCACACCAUA